CACUGUGUUACGUCACCUUUCCUUUAAACAACACUUAAGUGUUUGGGAACUGAGGACACCAAUUGUUGAAGCUUUGUGGGUGGAAUUCUUUCCCUGUCUUGCUUGAUGAACAUGACUUCACUCGCUCAACAGUCCGAGGUCUGCGUUGUCUUAUUUUGCGCUUCACAAUGCGACACACAUUUUAAAUGGGAGAGGUUUAGUACACGCACUCUUUUCCUACGAAGCCACGCUGAUGUAAAACGUACAGAUUGUGGCUUGGCAUUGUCUUGUUGGUAAAGACGUUGCUUGGAUGUCAGCAUAUUUUGCUCCAAAACCUCUAUGUGCCUUUCUGCAUUAAUGGAUUCAGGUGUUUUUUUAACAAAUCUCAACUCCCAAUGUUUUGUUGCCAAGAUUGAUCUUUUGGAACGUGUUGUAGGCAUCAAAUUCAAAAUGAGCAAAAAAAUGCAAAAAACUCAAUAUAGUUGAUCAGUUUGAAUAUUCGAUUUCUUGUCUUUGUGGUGCAUUCAAUUAAAUAUGGGUAAAAAAUGUGCAAGUCACUGUAUGCUUUUAUUUACAUUUUACACAAUGUCCCAACUGCAUUGGAAUUGGGGUUUGUAAAUAAUCAGGCAACAGCUGGGUGAAUCUUGAAUGCUGAUUUGAUUCAAAUAAAUUGGUUCAGUUCGGGGUAUAUAUCAUAUAAAUAACACAUAACUUGCUUAUUAUUUUGAUCCUAUAUUUCAUUAUUAAUGAUAGUCUCCUAUAGCGGGAGACACCUGCUGUUGCUGACACCGUGACAACGCACAUCCAAUAAAGUGCGUAACAACAUGAACUAUGAUACAUCUAAAAGACAUGUUAGUUAUUGUCUUAAAGUCUUCAUAUGUUCAGAGCAAGGCUGCAAUUGUGUCCACCAGUUACAACUCCCGAUGGCGCACAAGCGUGUGACUGGACAGACUCCAUGACGCGGGUAAAGCUGUUGUAAUGAUUACCGGUUUAUGACAAUACACCUCGCAAUAAUUCUGCAACUCUCAUGUGAUCUAUAAAAGACCAAGUAAACUCGCAUUUGAAAUCUGCAUCCGUUAUGAGUCAGAACGACGCUACCACGCGCAUUGCGCACGUCUUUAGUGGAACAUUUGCGCACUCCACACCAAGCGCAGCCCUAGAGAUCCUGGAGAACUGCGUGCUAGGAGUCAACGAUGAGGGGAAGAUUGCAUUUAUUGAAAAAGAUCCAGAUGUCGACAGCCUAGCAAAAAUACGGGGGUUUGACGCAUCAGAAAUAAUACAGCUUGGACAAUAUGAGUUCCUUAUGCCAGGAAUGGUUGAUACACACAUUCAUGCAUCACAGUAUAGCUACACUGGAACUGCAUUAGAUUUGCCUCUACUGGACUGGCUUAACACUUACACAUUCCCCGUGGAAGCUCAAUAUGAAGACCUGGAUUUUGCCAACAACAUCUACACCAAAGUAGUGAGAAGAACGUUAAAGAAUGGAACCACAACUGCUUGUUACUUUGCCACAAUACACACAGAUGCAUCUCUUCUGCUUGGGGAGCUUGCAGAUACAUUUGGCCAGCGAGCUUUAGUGGGCAAAGUUUGCAUGGACUGCAAUUCUGCAGUUCCGCAUUACAAGGAAAGCAAAGACCAGUGUAAAGCAGAGACAGAUCGUUUCAUCAUAGAACUUCUGAAAAAGGGGUAUUCACAUGUUAAGCCUGUGGUCACGCCCCGAUUUGCUCCAUCCUGUUCCGCAUCGCUGCUCAGCGAAUUGGGUGAAAUCGCCAGCAACAACAACCUUCACAUUCAGAGUCAUAUCAGUGAGAACAAGCAGGAGGUGGACAUUGUGAAGAAACUGUUCCAAGACUGCAAAUCCUACACUGAUGUUUACCUCAAGCACAACCUGCUCACAAAUAAGACUGUAAUGGCACAUGGCUGUUACUUAACUGAUGAAGAACUGAAAAUCUUCCAUGAAAGAGGAUCGGCAAUCUCUCACUGUCCCAACAGUAACAUUUCGAUUUGCAGUGGGAUUCUAAAUGUGCGCAAUGUUCUGAACCACAAAGUAAAAUUGGGUUUAGGGACAGAUGUGGCUGGAGGGUAUUCCCCAUCCAUAUUAGAUGCUAUUCGAAGAGCUCUGGACACAUCCAAAGUUCUGACCAUCCAGGACCCUGACCAUCAAACUUUAACCUUUGAGGAGGUUUUCAGACUGGCUACACUUGGUGGCAGUGAGGCCCUUUCAUUGGAUGAUCAGAUUGGAAACUUUGUAGUGGGGAAGGACUUUGAUGCCCUACGAGUGAAUGUUUGCGUUCCUGGUGGACCAAUCGAUUUGUUUCCAGGAGAGGGCCCAAAGGUCAUUUUGGAGAAGUUUUUGAAUUUAGGUGACGAUCGAAACAUUACUGAAGUCUAUGUGGCUGGAAGACGGGUGGUUCCAUUUUGGAAUACAUAGUUACUUCCUAGAAUCCCUCUAGAUGUUAUUCCAUUCAUGUCGUCACCGUACAUGUAAUGCUUGAGGGGGUUGUGUUUGGAUUGAUUUGGUUGGCUUAGCAAAGGAGGGUGUGGAUGGUAUUAACACUUGUAUAAUUAUAUUAUUCAGCUAAUAUUUUUAAACAUCUUGCUUUAGUGAACAUCUCUCUCACUUUUAACAUUUCAUGAACUUGUGUUAGUUGAAUCAACUUUAAUUCACCAAGUAAUUGUUACUGAAAAUAAAUAAAUAACAUUUCAAGGUUA